UAGACGCCACAGUGCAGCCGAAUCUCAAAGAACGAAUAAAAAUAACUCGGCAUUUGAUUAUAAGGCGUGGAAGAUGUGAAGGAUAAAAGGAAUAUAAAUGGAGACUGACAAUUCUUCCUUUUGUUCUCCUCUUCAUAAUAUACCCAUGAUAAAUAGUCUUCAGGUUAUAAAGCACUUCCUAAUAUCUUUCAACCCCGUUCCCGUGUGAACUUAUUAUCCCCGUAUAUUCCACAUGUGCCAAAUGACACAAACAGAAGACGUGACACAGACAGCAAGAGGACAAAUGAUGCGCACUAGGAAAGAUGAGUUGUGUCUAGCAUGAGAAGUGGUAAUGGGCAGAAGCAUCAUUUCAUCCGAACCUAAAAGGUGUGUAAAAAGUUUGUCACCAAAACGUAUCCCCCCGUUAAAAGUGCGGAACACUGACAAAUGACUGACAAAACACAAUUUGGUUGAAAUUAUAAAAUAUUAGAUGUCGUCUCCAAAGAGCCUAAAAAGAGUAUUGAUCUUCAGUCGUCCCUGGUGUGAUUUUUUAUUUAUUUAUUUUUACAUAUGCCCCUAUAAAUUUCCAUGAAGCUGUCGUUUGCUCCUUGCCCUCAUUCUCCAUUACAAUGAUAAAAAACGACAACAUCAAAUACUGACUCACUCAUAAGGCUUGAAGAUGCUAUAUAUAUAUAUAAGCUGACGCCCGUGGUUAUGGGAAAUCUUGGUUAUUGUGCCAAAUCGUGAGCCUAUCCCCAUUAACAUUCAAUCAGUCAUUCUGGUGCCAGCCAAUGAAAGGUGGAGAGGGAUGGAGGAGGACGGAGCUGCUAGACGGAGCUUUUUGACGCGCUGAGAGGAGGACAGAGCGUCACAUCUCUCCAAACGCCCAUCAAACUUUCACCACAGCCUGUGGAGAGGACCCAGUUCUCUGAAAGAGGCCUGCUAGAGACAACAAGGAUGAUGGAGUCACUACUGGCGAUCACUUCUGGUAUAGUUUAACGCUGCUGCGAAUUUCCCUGAAAACGUCUUGUUCAGUUUUUUCGUCCUUCUUGCGACAGAGCGACGGGGAUGGAGCAAGCACCCAGCGCGCCGAGCCCUCCUCCCAAACCGGCCCAUCACGAGCCCAUCAGCUUCGGGAUCGAUCAGAUCUUGGGAGCCGGUACAGAGCCGGAAAACGGGCGCACGGCUGGGAGACAAAUUGGAUCAGAUUUAAGCAGCGGGGACGGCUAUUACAGUUUAGGAAGCCCGACCGGAGCCAGCGCGCCCUCAUACACCGCGCUGUCUAUCUCCCUCUCCGGUAUAAUGCCUCCGGUGGAGGCUUCAGGUUCAUACGGCGAGAGCAGGAGUCUGGCCAGCCGAGUGAUUCGAGUCCCGGCACACAGACCCAUGACAGCUCCGGGACCCCCGGCCCCAGUCCAGGGCGCUGUUCCUGGGUUUGGAGGGCUUUGCUUCCCCUGGAUAGGCAACAGAUUCGCCAAGGACAGAAUAUCAGCGGCUCUCGUGCCGUUCGCCGUUACGCGGCGGAUAGGACACCCGUACCAGAACCGGACUCCUCCCAAACGGAAAAAGCCCCGCACGUCCUUCUCCAGAGUUCAGAUCUGCGAGCUGGAGAAGCGCUUCCACCGGCAGAAGUACCUGGCCAGCGCCGAGCGGGCAGCCCUGGCCAAGAGUCUGAAGAUGACAGACGCACAGGUCAAAACCUGGUUCCAGAACCGCAGGACCAAGUGGAGGAGACAGACAGCCGAGGAGAGGGAGGCGGAGCGUCAGCAGGCCAAUCGCCUCAUCCUGCAGCUUCAGCAGUCCGCCCUCCAGAAGUCCCUCAGCGAAUCAGCAGUGUCGGAUCCACUGUGCGCCCAUAACUCCUCCCUGUACGCCCUGCAGAACCUCCAACCCUGGGCGGAGGAAAGGGAAUAGAGACCAACACCACGCUGUAAUCAAUAAGCGUCAUCGAUUAUCCCUGGGAGGAUAAAUAAAUUCAACUAGCCUACAUGAGGACAGUGGGACUUACUUUGAUUCAUGCAAUGGAGAAAAAAAUGUUGGACCAGUAAAACUGAAGAAUGGGUCACAGCCAAUUUGAGUGGAUGGUUGUGAGAAUGGACCUGAAAUGAUGGUGAGUGAAGCCUCUCUUGAAGCAGAAACAGAACUUGCUUGGAAUAAAUCUUGCGACUCUGUACUUGGGAACAGUGAGACUUUUUCAAAUCCAAAAAGGACACAGAACUUGUCAUUAAAAUUUCUUGUCACCCUGUUGAUUGUCUUUGUCAUGCAUCUUAUUCUUUUUAUUAGAAUAAGACCAAGAAAGACAACUAACCUAUAAAACUGAAGGAGGCAAUUAAUUCUCCACAGUGAGACACAAUAUGAUGGAGUGUUUUUUCUGAAGGUCUUCUCUCAAUGCAACCAUCUCCUAAACAACAAGCUGACUUUCCUACACUUUGACAGGGUUGGCAGACAAAAAAAAGGCAAGGCCUUCACUCCACCUAUACAAUAGAGAACUUGCAUAGAAAUGUGUCAUUGAAUUUCAAAUAAAUAUCCUGCUCUAUUUUUAUCAAAAUGCACAGAAAGAAAGGUCACAAAAAGAAUUCAUUCACAAAAAGAAUUAAGAAAAACAAUUUGUUCCGGUGCUUAAACUUUCUUCCGCUCUCAUUUAUAAAUGUAAACCCUCCAACUCCAAUCACCUGUAUAUACACAGGUGUGGUGCACCACCUUAGCCCAAGAAAAUGAUGCCUAAAAUGUUAACGUUAAGGGGAAAAUGCUUUUGGGAGCGGUAAUAAAAGGAAAAUAGAUGUCAGGAUUACAGGGGAGAGAAGUGAAGAAAAUAUGAAAGAGGCUGUAAGUUGGGUAAUAAAAGGAGUGAUGCAUGUUUAGUGAUGGUGGUGACGGUUUUUUUCAUAUGCACAUUAUCAUGCUUUAUUUGUGGGCCGCGUCCUUCGGGAUGGAGGCACAAAUGUACAACUCUUUUUGUACUUUCAUUGUAUAUGUGUAAAUAACAGUAUAAACCAUUCUUG